GCAGCUAUGGAUUUGAUGUUGAACGUUGGUGGCAAGAUUGACAAAGAUGAAGUUCUCUCAGAAGUUGAGAAGUAUGAGAAGUAUCAUGGUUGCUAUGGAGGUCAAGAGGAAGAAAGGAAAGCUAAUUGCAAUGACAUGGUUAUGAAAUACUACGAUCUUGUUACUAGCUUUUAUGAAUAUGGUUGGGGGGAAUCUUUCCAUUUUUCAAACAGAUGGAAAGGGGAAUCUUUUGGAGAGAGCAUCAAGCGACAUGAGCACUUCAUUGCUUUACAACUUGGCCUUAGGCCAGGACAGAAGAUUUUGGAUGUUGGAUGUGGAAUUGGAGGACCAUUAAGAGAAAUUUCUCGAUUCAGCUUGACAUCAAUUACAGGGUUGAAUAACAAUGAGUACCAAAUAACAAGAGGAAAGGAACUCAAUCGCAAAGCUGGAGUGGACAAGACUUGCAACUUUGUCAAGGCUGACUUCAUGCAAAUGCCAUUCCCUGACAAUAGUUUCGAUGCAGUGUAUGCGAUUGAAGCCACCUGCCAUGCAUCAGAUAUUUACCAAUGUUAUAAAGAGAUAUAUAGAGUGUUAAAGCCUGGCAAAUGUUUUGCUGCUUAUGAAUGGUGCAUGGCUAGUUCUUUUGAUCCGAGUAACCAAGAGCACCAAAAAAUCAAGGCACAAAUUGAAUUUGGUGAUGGGCUUCCUGAUAUUAGAUUGAGCACAAAGUGUCUUGAAGCUCUGGAGCAAGCAGGUUUUAAGGUAAUUUGGGAAAAAGACCUUGCAGUGGAUUCUCCUCUUCCUUGGUACUUUCCUUUGGACAAAAACUUGUCAUUGAGUAGCUUUCGUCUAACAACAGUUGGACGAAUUUUAACCAAAGCCAUGGUUAAGAUUCUGGAGUUUGUUGGACUAGCUCCAAAGGGGAGUCUAAGGGUUCAUGAUCUCCUAGAGAAGGCUUCAGAGGGACUUGUUGAAGGUGGAAAGAAAGAGAUAUUCACUCCAAUGUACUUCUUUCUGGCUUGUAAGCCGGAUUCAGACAGUAACUGA